AUGAAAAGACUUAUCAUUUGUGCAUUUUUAUCUGUUGUGUAGUGUUGGUGGGAUAUGGGACAUAUGAUGACUGCUUAAAUAGCUAAAAAUCAAUUAAAAGAUAAAAGACCAGAUGUUUUAGCUUGGGCAGAUUCUCUAGUUUAGGAUUUUAAUCAUCUCACUGAUGGUCGCACAAACACUUUUGUUGAAGCAGCUGUAUGGAUGGAUGAUAUAAAAGAGACAGGAACCUCUUUUCUUAAUGAUUGGCAUUAUACAGAUAAACCAAUCAAUCCUGAUGGGUAUAGAAUAUAUAUUAUAUAAAUCUAGACUCCUAAUCAAAAUUGAAGAUCAAGGAAGGAACAUUAAUUCAAUUUAUGCAAUUAAUCAAGCUACAUCUGUUUUGACUAAUAGCAAGACUGCUAAGAAUCGUCAUACUGUAUUUAAAGCUUAGAUGUUGAGAGUCUUACUUCAUGUCAUAGGAGAUAUGCAUUAACCAUUACAUGACACCACAUUUUGGAAUGAAACUUUUCCAAAUGGUGAUGCUGGAGGCAAUUUCAUGAAGAUUCAAGUAUGAUAUUUUAUAAGAUUUAGUUAAAAAAUGGUACUUUUGUCAAUUUCCACUCCUAUUGGGAUUCUGUGGCCUUUACUAUGGCUUCAAAUACUACAUACAUGUCUAGACCAUUAUCUUAAUCAGAUAAUGAAUAUCUUGAUAAGUGGUCAAAUGACAUAAUUUAAAAAUUCCCGAUUAAUAAAUAUUCGAAUUAUGAUAUGACGUAUUUGACGUAUUAUAACAUAGUAAUCCUACAGUGUGGUCAUUCUUGGGAUUCAGAUAGGCUUAAUAAUUUGUUUAUCCUAUGCUAUAGAAAUCUAACACAUACAAUAAUGAUUAUGAAAAAUAGGCAAUUGAAUUUUGUUAAGAAAAUCUUGCUAUUGGAGGGUAUAGAUUGGCAUCAAAAUUAAUUGAGAUUUAUGAUUAAAUCCUAUAAAAUGAAGCUAAGAUGUCGAUAGCAGAAUGA